AUGGAAGAUUUCUUGAAAGAUAGCCCCUCCGAAAUUCCUGCCACGCAGGACAAGAACAAUGAGGGAUUCAAUAAUUUUGUUUAUACAACUCAGGAUAAUGAACGCUUUGGCAAUGAACACUUUGACAAUGAACGCUUUGACAAUGAACGCUUUGAAAAUGAACGGUUCAACACACAAUCACUUAACUUGAACUUGGAUCCAGAUAGGCAGCAGAAUUAUUCCCUAGACUUGACAAAUCAAUACGAUGAAAACAAGAAUGAUGCCUCAGGAACUUAUUUCAGUAGUGGAAGCAACGUAAACACCAAUACUCCUGCCUCGGGUUUCAAUUCCAAUACUCAAUUAUCGGGAGGUGACUACUUGAGUCCAAUGGGGUUUUCGUAUAACCAGCAGGGCCUGCAAACGCAAUCGCAAAAUACGGUCAACAAUCAACCACAACAACACGGCCACCAAAGGAUGAAUUCGGAGACGUUUUCCGGCUCCAAUCCAGGCUCAUUUACUAGUGAGCCAUUUUUGGAUGAUGUGGCGUUUUCACAAGCAGUUUUGGGUCCACAAUUAAAUGUGUCUCAAUAUGGAUCUAAUCAAGACAACUUGUCACCACAGCUGUUUUCACCUCAAUUGCAAAGUACGCAACCCUUUGUCGCUAAUUCAGCAAACUUGGAUGAAUUAAUUUCGCCUGGGAACAACUACGAGGAAAGUACUUUUCUCAAUCCCCAGUACUUUUCGCCACCAAACCGGCAAGGCAACCAAUUUAAUUCUUUGCGUUCGAUUGCUGAGGAUACUCUUGAUACAAAAGGAGACAUUUUUAGUCCAGAAUUGUCGAGACAUGGAAGUACCAGUGGACCUCCUUAUGGUGGAAAUAACAUUCCUCAAACCAAUUCAUACUUGUCUCCCCAAUUGAACCCUGCUUUUUAUGCUUCGCCCGAUUUCAAUGAUGGUUCCUAUUUGAGCUCACCGCCGCAAUACAAUCCCAAUAAUGUUGCUUCCAACAUGAGUACUUCCAUUCCAAUAAGACAAGAGAAAUGGGAUUCCUUAUCCCCUGUACCCUCGCAGUCUACUGCACUAAGUACAUCGGUGCCUAAUUCCAAGCGUGAUGUGCCUACCAAACAACUUUCGAAAGAGGAAAAGUUGAAAAGACGUCGAGAGUUCCACAAUGCAGUUGAGCGAAGGAGACGCGAUUUAAUCAAGGAGAGAAUAAAAGAAUUGGGAAUCAUUGUCCCACCUUCGUUAUUGAAUCCACAAUUGAGUGCAGUGCAAGCCUUGCAACAAAAGACCAGCAUCAAUUCGGGCGACUUAAGCGAUUUGAUCAGCUCAAUCAAGGUGAAAGAAACCAAGCCAAACAAGUCAACCAUUUUGAACAAAUCGGUUGACUAUAUCAACCAUUUAAAUUACGUGUUGAAACAACAAGAGAUUGCACGAAAUCAAUUGACGAUGCAAAUAAAACAAUUAGAGUAA